UGUUAUGGCGUGGAUCCAAAGAGUGUGACUAAGGACUGGAAGUGUGCUCGCUGUAAGGCCAACGCCAUGACUGAGGUUAGUGUCUCCACAACACAACAGCUCAGAGUGGCCCUUCAUCAUGUAUGACUCACCUCACCUAGCUGGCCCAAAUCUCUGUUGCUGUUACUGGCAAUAGUGUUUGUGAACUUUGCAGUACUCUAAACAGUCAUUAGAUCUGGCAGUAGUGUUUGCAAUAGUCUCCUAAUGAUAUGUGACUGACUGUUAUUGGUCAUCAGGUAGCAGCUACCACACCUUGCCAUUGGCUGUAUGUAUGUUUUAGAUGACUUGGAUGAUGAUGGUUGACAGUUUGCUCUCCUGUUUGCAGAGUUGCUGUUUGUGUUCGCUGAGGGGUGGAGCCUUGCAGAAAGCCAACAACAACAAGUAAGUCAGUGUGCCAGUCAAAUUUCCUUUGAUCAGGGAUUGGUCUAGUCGAACAAUCAGUAAUCACACACUGAAAAUGUACUCUGCAACUCUAAUCAACAGUAUAUUGAUGUAUUUAUGUACACUUAUGUUCACAUAGUUAGAUGUUAUUUUGAAAGAUAUCUACUAGGUUUACAUUUAGUUUAUAAGCCACUAACGAUGGUGUGUGUGUAUUGACAUGUUGUUGUGUGUUGUAGGUGGGUCCAUGUGCUGUGCGCAGUAGCAGUGUUGGAGGCUCGCUUUGUGAACAUCACUGAGAGAAGCCCUGUGGAUCUGAGUGGGAUUCCUCUACAGAGGUUUAAACUGGUGAGUUAAACACAGUAAAUGUCAACAUGUUAUUACGUGCUAAGGGAUAAGAACUCUGUCACUACCUCACUCUCUCCAACCAAGGUGCAUGAAGAGGAGCAAACUGAAGAGAGGAGAGAGUGGCGGAAUAUCCUCUCUUCAGCAUAUUAUGUUAUUUGCAUUACAAAACGUGAACAUGGUUGGCACAUCCGCCUCUAUGCAGGUGACAGUAGUUCUGCUUGCGAUCUACUACAAGGUUAGACUAGAGCGGGGAUGUAUUAUUUUUUUUCUUUUUUACUCAGUCAGGGUUUCAACUUACUGUUGCAAAUUAGAGUAGUGGAAUACACAAGGUGCAAUUUGGAAAUGUGGUUGUGCAUCAGCAGUUUCUCUUAUGUCAGUCACUGAUAGUCACUCAAUUAGCCCAUGUCAGCAUUUUUUUUUUUUGAUUGGUAAGUUAUUCUAGCAGCCAGCUAUCUAAACCGGCCGGGGGGCCCCACUGAGAUAUCAUAUUAAAAUCUGCAAACAUUUCUCUCCACCCUAUGGCAAAAUGUGUAGAAUUGCAGGAAAUUAGCUGUGGCCCCCACCCCCAUCAAAGUUGCCCAUCCUUGGACUAGAGACUAGGCUAUUUAGAGGAUGUUAUGUGAGUUUGUGACUAAGCCCAGUCAGUCAGAACUUCUGACAUAUCAGGUGGGCUAUGAAAAGACAGCUCUCUUUCUGCAAAGCCUUGUUUCUGAAUUUAGCCCUUUCACAUGAAUCAUGACAGCCAUUGCAUUUCUAGAGGAUGUAGCCUACAGUAGACUGUUUGACCGGACAUACAGGCCUAGUUUUCCCUGUGAGACUUCCCUUUCCUGUCUCUCUGAGAAUGUUCUUAUGCUUCUCUGUGCUGUGCAGAAAUGUUACUAUUGUAAGAAGCGGCUGAAGAAGACGUCCGGGUGCUGUGUACAGUGUUCCCAUGGCCGCUGUCCUACGGCCUACCACCCUACCUGUGCCCAGGCCGCUGGGGUCCUCAUGCAGCCAGACGAGUGGCCUUUCGUGGUCUAUGUCACCUGCUGCCGGCACAAAGGCCCUAUUCAGACAGAGGUAUACAUCAGUUGUACUUUACUUGGUGUUUAGGAUUGGUGUUUCAGAAAGAGGAAGCCAUACACCAGACAGGGGGAACUCUGAAGGCCUCUGUUUUGGGACUUAAGUUAGAACAUUCUGCUGAUACUUUGCCUUAUAGUUUCUAAACCUUCUAUAUACACUGAGUAUACCAAACAUUAGGGACACCUUCCAAAUAUUGAGUUGCACCCCCCUUUGGCCUCAAAACAGUCUCAAUUCAUCAGGGCAUGGCCUAUACAAGGUGUUGAAAGUGUUCCACAGGGAUGCUGGCCCAUGUUGACUCCAAUGCUUCCAACAGUUGUGUCAAGUUGGCUGGAUGUCCUUUGGGUGGUGGACCAUUCUUGAUACAUACGGGAAACUGUUGCGCAUGAAAAACCCAGAAGCAUUGCUGUUCUCGACACAAACCGGUGCGCCUUGCACCUACUACCAUACCCCGUUUAAAGGCACUUAAAUAUUUUGUCUUGCCCAUUCACCCUCUGGCACACAUACACAAUCCAUCUCUCAAUUGUCUCAAGGCUUAAAAAUCCUUCUUUAACUGGUCUCUUCCCUUUCAUCUACACUGAUUGAAGUGGAUUUAACUGGAUGUUUUGUACACUCAAUGUAUUCAGGACUGUGCUCACCACAUUGUAUUUCAUAAACAUGACUAGGUUGUAGAUUUUAGUGCAAACUCCCACAAGUAUGCCCACGUACUUCCAGUCCAAAGGGGUUGAUAGUUCUUAUUUGAUGGUAAUCCUGUUGAUGACUGUUUAAUCGUCACUGAUCCCUUCUCUCUCCUCUCUCAGCGUAACAAAGCAGCCAUGCAUGAGCUCACUGUGGGACAGAGGGUGAUCUGUAAGCACAAAAAUGGCCGCUACUACCAGUGUGACGUGGUGCAGCUGUCCAAGGAGACAUUCUAUGAGGUCAACUUUGAUGACGGUUCCUUCAGCGAUAACCUCUUUCCUGAGGACAUUGUGGUAAGACUUACGUGUGUGCGUGCGUGCGUUCGUGGGUCGGUGUGGUGUGUGGUGCCAGAUUGUGGUUGUCAGAGGGUGCUGUAGGUGGGUGUGGUGCAGGAAUCAGGCGCAGGACGCAGAAAAUUUGUCCAAAAGACUUUAGUGAAAGCACACUCAAUACACGAGCCAAAAAGCCCGGAGGCGAGAAAAUACGCACACAGGCGUAAACCAAAAGGCGCACUAACAUGUGCGAAAAUACCCUCCUAAACAGAGGAGGAAAACCACGAAGAGCAAACGGGCAACAGUAGCGCACAAACACGACAGCGAAACAAUCACACACAACACCUGACAAACACAACGAGAAUUUAUAGGACACUAAUUAGCGCUAAACGAAAACAGGUGUACAACAUAAAGACAAAACCAAACGAACAUAGAAACAUUCAACGGUGGCAGCUAGUACUCCGGAGACGACGACCGCCGAAGCCUGCCCGAGCAAGGAAGAGAGGCAGCCUCGGCCGAAACCGUGACAGUACCCCCCCUUGACGCGCGGCUCCAGACGUGCGCCGACUCCGGCCUCGGGGACGACCAGGAGGACGCGGAGCAGGGCGCGUCGGGUGACUACGGUGGAAUUCUGUCAGGAGAGACGGGUCCAAAAUGUCUCUCCUCGGCACCCAGCACCGUUCCUCCGGGCCGUACCCCUCCCACUCCACCAGAUAUUGGAGACCCCCCAUCCGACGUCUCGAAUCCAAGAUGGACUGCACGGAGUACGCCGGUGCCCCCUCGAUGUCCAAUGGGGGCGGAGGAGUCUCCCUGAUUUCAUCUUCCUGGAGUGGGCCAGCUACCACUGGCCUGAGAAGAGACACAUGGAACGAGGGGUUAAUAUUUUUAUACUCAAUAGGCAGUUGUAAUCUGUAACACACCUCGUUCAAUCUUCUCAGGACUUUAAACGGCCCCACAAACCGCCGACCCAGUUUCCGACAGGGCAUGCGGAGGGGCAGGUUUCUGGUAGAGAGCCAGACUCGAUCACCAGGUGCGUACACCGGCCCCUCACUGCGGUGGAGAUCGGCGCUCGCCUUCUGACGACGGAGGGCCCGCUGCAGGUGGAUGUGUGCAGCGUUCCACGUCUCCUCCAAGCGCCGCACCCACUCAUCCACCGCAGGAGCCUCGAUCUGGCUCUGCUGCCAAGGUGCCAGAACCGGCUGGUAACCUAACACACAUUGGAAAGGGGUUAGGUUAGUUGAGGAAUGGCGUAGGGAAUUCUGGGCCAUUUCUGCCCAGGGAACGUACCGUGCCCACUCCUCCGGCCGGUCCUGGCAGUAUGAUCUAAGAAACCUACCCACAUCCUGGUUCACACGUUCCACCUGCCCAUUACUCUCAGGAUGGUAACCCGAGGUGAGGCUCACCGAGACCCCCAAACGCUCCAUAAAGGCUCUCCAGACUCUGGAGGUGAAUUGGGGACCUCGAUCAGACACAAUAUCCUCGGGUACCCCGUAGUGCCGGAAAAUAUGGGUGAAUAGAGCUUCGGCGGUCUGUAGGGCAGUAGGAAGGCCCGGCAUAGGGAGCAAACGACAGGCCUUAGAGAACCGGUCCACAACGACCAGUAUAGUAGUAUUCCCCUGCGAGGAGGGAAGGUCAGUGAUGAAGUCCACCGAGAGGUGAGACCAUGGUCGUUGUGGAACGGGCAGGGGUUGUAACUUACCCCUAGGCAGAUGUCUAGGCGCCUUACACUGGGCACACACCGAGCAGGAGGAGACAUAAACCCUCACAUCCCUCGCCAACGUGGGCCACCAGUACUUAGCACUAAGGCAGUGCACUGUCCGGCCUAAACCAGGAUGUCCAGAGGAGGGUGACGUGUGAGCCCAAUAGAUCAAUCGAUCCCGAACCUCGAGCGGGACGUACGUCCGACCCUCCGGGCAUUGAGGAGGACUAGGGUCGGUGCGCAACGCCCGCUCGAUCUCAGCAUCGACCUCCCACACUACCGGUGCCACCAGACAAGACUCCGGCAGUAUGGGAGUGGGCUCCACGGACCUCUCCUCCGUGUCGUACCGCCGAGACAGUGCGUCUGCCUUACCGUUCUGUGACCCAGGGAUGUACGUGAUCUUAAAUACGAACCGGGCCAAAAAUAUGUUCCACCGCGCCUGGCGAGGGUUCAGUCUCCUAGCUGCCCGGAUGUACUCCAGGUUACGGUGGUCAGUCAAAAUGAGGAAAGGGUGUUGAGCCCCCUCAAGCCAGUGCCUCCACACCUUUAGGGCCUGUACCACGGCUAACAGCUCCCUGUCCCCUACGUCAUAAUUUUGCUCCGCCGGACUGAGCUUUUUGGAAUAAAAAGCACAGGGGCGGAGUUUAGGUGGCUUGCCGGACCGUUGCGAAAGCACGGCUCCUAUACCGGCCUCUGACGUGUCCACCUCUACCUGAAAUGGUAAAGAGGGAUCCGGAUGCGCCAGCACCGGAGCCGAAGUAAACAGGUCCUUCAGCCUCCCAAAAGCCCUGUCCGCCUCGGCUGACCACUGCAAACGCACCGGACCCCCCUUUAAAAGAGACGUUAUGGGAGCUGCCACCUGUCCAAAACCCCGGAUAAACCUCCGGUAGUAAUUCGCAAACCCCAAAAACUGCUGCACCUCUUUAACAGUGGUUGGAGUUUGCCAAUUACGCACGGCUGACACCCGGUCAACCUCCAUCUUCACCCCUGACGCAGACAACUGAUAACCCAAAAAGGAGAUCGACUCCUGGAAAAACAGACACUUCUCUGCCUUGACAUACAGGUCGUGCUCCAACAGCCUCCUCAACACUCGGCGCACCAGGGCCACAUGCUCGACUCGGGUAGACGAGUACACGAGAAUGUCAUCUAUGUACACGACCACCCCCUGCCCCUGCAUGUCCCUGAAUAUCUCAUCCACGAAUGAUUGGAAAACUGAAGGAGCGUUCAUCAACCCGUAUGGCAUGACAAGAUACUCGUAAUGCCCCGAGGUGGUACUAAAUGCUGUCUUCCAUUCAUCGCCCUCCCUAAUGCGCACCAAGUUGUAAGCGCUCCUGAGAUCUAAUUUAGUGAAAAAACGCGCCCCGUGCAAUGACUCCAUCAUGGUCGCAAUCAGAGGAAGUGGAUAACUGUACUUCACCGUGAUCUGAUUGAGACUACGGUAAUCAAUGCACGGGCGUAACCCUCCAUCCUUUUUCUUCACAAAAAAGAAACUCGAGGACGCAGGGGAAGUGGAUGGCCGUAUGUAUCCUUGUCUCAGAGAUUCGUCUAUGUAAGUCUCCAUAGCGCUCUUCUCCUCUUGAGACAGAGGAUACACAUGGCUCCGUGGGAGCGCAGCUCCUGCCUGGAGGUCUAUCGCACAAUCUCCCUGCCUAUGGGGAGGCAACUGCGUCGCCCUCGACUUACUGAACACAAUAGCCAAAUCCUCAUACUCAGGGAGAAUGUGCAAUGCGGGCACCUGGUUUGGACUCUCCACCGAGGUAGCCCCCACGGAAACGCCUAAACAUCGACCCACACACUGGGCAGACCACUCCAUCAGAGCCCUCUCCUGCCACGAAAUAGACGGGUUAUGGAUACUCAACCAGGGCAUGCCCAGCACCACCGGAUACGCAGGCGAGUCGAUCAGAAAUAGCUGGAUAAUCUCCUCAUGACCCCCCUGCGCACACAUCCUAAGUGGCGCCGUGACCUCCCUGAUCAAGCCCGAUCCCAACGGACGGCUAUCUAGGGCAUGAACGGGGAAUGGGACGUCAACAGGAAGAAGGGGAAUCCCUAAUUCUAAACAAAAUUUUCUAUCAACAAAAUUCCCAGCCGCGCCUGAAUCUACCAGCGCCUUAUGCUGGGAAUGAGGUGCUACCUGUGGAAAACGCACAGGUAUACAGAAGUGCGCAACAGAGAGCUCUGGGUAAGUGGGGCGCCUACUCACCUGGAAGGACUCCCCAGUGCGGAGCCUGUCGUCUUCUCCCCUAGGAGACCCUCCCCAGCACCUAGCCGCGGUGUGUCCUCCACGGCCACAGUUGGUGCAGUGGACGGCCCCCCUCGUACUCCGACCCCUCCUCUCUCUAGCGCCAGCGCCCCCAAGCUCCAUAGGGCUCGGCUCGGAGGCGCUGGAGGAUGAAAUGGACGGACCCCCCUCGGGACGUCCGCGGGUAGCCAGCAGGGUGUCCAGCCUGAUGGACAUGUCCACUAACUGAUCGAAAGAGAGGCUGGUAUCCCUGCAGGCCAGCUCCUGACGGACGUCCUCUCGUAGACUACAGCGGUAGUGAUCGAUGAGGGCCCGCUCAUUCCACCCUGCAUCCGCCGCUAGAGUACGGAAUUCUAAAGCGAACUCCUGGGCGCUCCUCCUCCCCUGCCGGAGGUAGAACAGACGCUCCCCCGCCGCUUUCCCCUCAGGAGGAUGGUCAAACACAGCCCUGAAGCGGCGGGAGAACUCAGAGUAGGUGAUGGUGGUGGCGUCUAUUCUCCUCCACUCGGCGUUGGCCCAUUCCAACGCCUUGCCGGUAAGACAGGAGAUGAGUGCGGACACGCUCUCGUGUCCAGAGGGCGCCGGGUGCACGGUGGCCAGGUAUAGCUCCACCUGUAGAAGGAAGCCCUGACACCGGCAGCGGUCCCAUCAUAGGCCCUCGGGAGCGAGAGUCGAAUUCCCCUGGGUUCCGGAGCUUGAAUGGGCUGACUGGCCGAUGGUGAUGGUAGGGGAGGUGGAGUUGGGGGUGUCCCUCUGGUCUCCCAGCGUUGAAGGGUGUUUAUAACGUCCUGCAGGGCGGUCCCGAUACGAAGGAUCUGGUCAUUCUGCUCACGGACCCGAUCCUCCAGAGACUCAUGUGCUGCUGCGGCUCCUGCUGAUUCCAUCCUUCGGGUGUGUGAUUCUGUCAGAGGGUGCUGUAGGUGGGUGUGGUGCAGGAAUCAGGCGCAGGACGCAGAACAUUAGUCCAAAAGACUUUAGUGAAAGCACACUCAAUACACGAGCCAAAAAGCCCGGAGGCGAGAAAAUACGCACACAGGCGUAAACCGAAAGGCGCACUAACAUGUGCGAAAAUACCCUCCUAAACAGAGGAGGAAAACCACGAAGAGCAAACGGGCAACAGUAGCGCACAAACACGACAGCGAAACAAUCACACACAACACCUGACAAACACAACGAGAACUUAUAGGACACUAAUUAGCGCUAAACGAAAACAGGUGUACAACAUAAAGACAAAACCAAACGAACAUAGAAACAUUCAACGGUGGCAGCUAGUACUCCGGAGACGACGACCGCCGAAGCCUGCCCGAGCAAGGAAGAGAGGCAGCCUCGGCCGAAACCGUGACAGUGGUCAGUGUUUCAUGAGGGGGUUCAGUAGUUCAUAUGCUGUUCAUUAUUAGUUUAUAGAUUGCUUAGAUUGCUUACACAAUAUGUAAUAGAGCUAGGCGAUAUGGACAAAAGUAAUAUUGUGAUAAAUGUAACUAUUUUGCUUAUUAACAAUAAUAAAUCAAUUAAGGGACAGUUAACUUUACAUUAGCGGCAGGACUCUAGAACAUUUUCAUCCACUGCCAAGUAAGACAGCUGAGUGGUGAUUAAAAAAGUAAGCUAUUUCAUGUAACAUAUCCAGGGAAUGCAUUGUUGAUAUUUUGAUGUGUAACCUAUCGAAAUAGGAUGCAGAAUGAUCAGAUUUCUUUUUGGCUCUUCAGAGAAUUUGCCGACAUCUUUGUGCAUAUUGGCCUAGGCUAUAUUAUUCACCACCUGAGGAAGUGGGAACUCAAAACACUUAGCUAGAUUGCUAACAAUAAAUAUGAUAUUGUUGCUAUAUAGCCAUGUAGGUUAAUUGAUUAAAUAUAUCAGUAAAUGUAGGCUAAUGUCCUACAAAAACAUUCCAGCACUAGGCCUAGGCUACUUGAUGUAGGCCUAUUCACUGCAAAUGGCACGCUCUGCUCCGCUCCACGGGGGCAUCAAAAACAUACUACAGAUUAUUCCGGUUGUAAAGUGGUGCCAUGAACUCAAUAUUAAGAGGUGAGAAAUAUAGUAGUGGCUUUGAAAAACAGUAGUUGGUUUAAAAACGGUAUUUUUCCCGAAAUUGCAUUUUGAGCAACGUUAAUAUGCUUGUGCUUCUCAGAAUGCAUCUCUCCCUCCUCCGUGCGCACAGUGGGAGAGGGAGUGAGAGUGGCUCGCUCACACAGCAGCCGACAGCGAAACAGGGACAGGCAGAUACUUUCAUAGCAGGAAUCAACAUAAUGCAUAGGCUAUUACUGUUGACCAAAUAAUGGUUUUAGAACAAUCUACAGGAAAGUUGUGUAGCAAAAUUACAGACAUACGCAAAAUGUCGGUAAUUUUCGGUUUAGCAUCCCUGCUCUAAUAUGUACAACACAUUGCUUGAAAUUGUGUGAUGGCUUUAGUAUGUUUAUAGGAUUGUAUCUAAUGGUUGUUUUCAGAACCGGAAUUGUGCCCAGCUAGGCCCCCCACCGCAGGGGGAGGUGGUGCAGGUCCGGUGGACAGAUGGUCUAGUCUACGGGGCCAGGUUUGUGGCUGCUCACAUCAUCCAAAUGUACCAGGUAAUGCAACAGUAUUCAUACUCGCCCUCAGCAACAAUGUACCUUAUGCAGAAAGAGAUUAUACACUCUUAUAUCAAAGACUGCUUUGCUGUCUAAUUGAUCCAGAUUGUUUAAAACCUAAUAAUACUCAUAGCAAGCAAUACAUUAAAAGUCUGUGAUGAAACCAUUGUUUUGUUUUGAUAUGAGAGACAUAAAAUGUGGUUAUUGUGGCAUUGAUGGUGUUGUUUGAUGUAGGUGGAAUUUGAAGACGGGUCACAACUAACAGCCAAGAGAGAUGAUGUCUAUACCCUGGAUGAGGAGCUGCCCAAGAGAGUCAAGUCAAGACUGGUGAGUGUACUGUGAGCUAUCCAAUAUACUGAAUCCAAAGUUGCUAACCUUUGUACAUUGUAUAUCAACUCCAAACGUGUUCACUCUACUGUGUCUUAUUCUCCAGCAUGUUUGUUAAAGAGUCUUCUCCCUGUGACAAUGGAGUAAUCCUCAUCUUCUGUGUGUACCCUGCCCCCUCUCUCCCCAGUCCAAGGCGUCAGACAUGCGUUUUGAUGGUAUCUUUGAGGACAAGGAGGCCAUCCAGCAGUCGAAGAGGCAGAGAGUGAUCAACUCACGGUACAGAGGAGACUACAUUGAACCUGUGAUCUACAGAGCCAUCAUGGAGUAG